AUGAAAGAACGAUCGCAAGAAAGCUCUGCAAGCGAGGAAUCCCUGGCUGAGCCGGGACUAGACGUAGCCGAGCCGGGUGUAGUCUAUGUAGGUAGAAUACCACAUGGAUUCUAUGAGAAAGAAAUGCGCGAGUAUUUCAGCCAGUUUGGGAAGAUUAACAAACUGAAAUUAUCUCGUAACAAAAAGACAGGGAAGUCGCGGCAUUUUGCGUUUAUAGAAUUUGAAUCUGCGGAGGUAGCUCAGAUUGUUGCCGAGACUAUGAAUAAUUAUCUUUUGCAUAAUCAUUUACUUCAAUGCAAUGUGGUGCCAAAGGACAAAGUUCAUCCAAUGAUAUGGUGUGGGCUUGGCAAAAAGAUAAAACCCGGUUUGGCUAUUAAAGUAGCCGCAAACAAGUUUAAUAGAAGACGAAGCGCUAAAGAAAUAUCCGACAUGGCAAAUCGCCUUAUACGAAAAGAUAACAAGAGAAGGGAAAAGAUGAAAGAGCUGGGAAUCAAUUACGAGUUCUCUGGUUAUUCGCAAAGUUCUUAG